UGAUUGUAUUUGUACCUACAGCGCUUAAAAAUCAAUCGUAAGAAACACUUACUUAACACAUCCACAUUCCAAUACAAGCAUCCACAAAUCACCCUACUCAUGCAAUAUAACCAAGCAACUUGCGACGGAAAACAUUAGUUAAAACAACUGGGCAAACAGAUUCUAGUGGCGCUUUCACAGUUUCAAAGCAUUGCCGAAUGAAUCGAUUUUAAAAUCGAGCAUUUUUUUCUCGAGAAAUGCUGUUGUCUCCCCUUAAAUUCAUCUGAUGCCCAUUUAGUUGAAGACGUGAAGUAAAUGGCAUUUAUUUUUGCCAAUCAAUAUGUACCUAUGUAUGUACGUGUUAGAAUCACUAUAUUAGCAGUUAGUGUGACCACCGCUAGGUGUAGUUCGUGUGCAAUGCAGGGUAUCUUAUAGUCCAGGCACCGGCUUUGGCGGCCUCUCUUGCUUAUAUACUACAACGAAGGAACUAAUUCCUUGCCCACAGCAACAAAAGACUAAUAGAGAAUGGCCUUUCGGAGCCAAAUCGCAUUAACACUGGCACCACUUUAGUGGGCAUCGUUUUCGAUGGCGGCGUGAUUAUUGCCGCCGAAUCCAGGGCAACCAACGGCAACAUAAUACCCUCGAAGAAAAGCCGCAAAGUUUGCGAGCUGCAGACCAACAUUUUGUGGUGCUGGAGUCGCUCGGGACACGAACGCCCUGGUGGAACUAACGCGUGCGCAGCUGGAGCUGCACCGGAUGAACACUGGUUUCCGGAGGGUGCCUGUGCGCUGUGCCAACCAGAUGAUGCGGCAGCUGCUGUUCCGCUUCAACGGGAAUAUGCAGGCCAACGUGAUCAUAGGCGGCGUGGACGCAAGUGGAGCUCACCUCUUCUGCACCCGGUUCGAUGGCACCACGGACCCAGCGCCCUUCACGUCACUCGGCUCCGGCAACCUGUCGGCCAUGUCCAUACUGGAGUCGCGGUGGUCGGAGGAUCUUUCCGAGAAGUCCGCCUGUGCAUUGGCGUGCGACGCCGUGGCCGUGGGCAUGAAGAACGACCUAAACUCCGGCGGAAUGGUCAGCCUCUGCAUCGUGCGCCGCGACUUCUCUGUGCAAUGGGAGGAGCAGUUCCCCCUUAAGGACUCCCCAAGUCGGACCAACCGCCUGGCAAUCAAGCCGGGCUGCACCACCGUACUGUCCACCAUCGUGCACCAGGUGGUUCCGUGGCAAGGCGCCCCGGCUGGGCCCAAGCCAGGAGGCGGUCAGGGUCCAGUGCCGGGGAGUGGCAGAGCCUCCAGAGAGGAGGAGGCCCGGCGCAGACCCCAAAGUGUGUCACCCCCUGGCGCCAAAAGGUGGAAAGGAGAAGGCGGGGGGGAAGGGAGUUAGAGACAGAAAAUGUCCUUGAUGAGGACUCUGAUUUCCAUGAGUUUCGUUGGGCCAAGGAAGUGAUUUUGAACUUUUAGACCUUGAAAUUGCUUUUGCCUAAGCAAUCCGACUGUUGCGAUAGGAAAACGAAAAAUAUCUGUACUUGAAACCUUAAACGUUUUGAUUAAGUACUAACAAAAAUUGAGCUAAUUCUACAUUUUUUGUUUUCCAGGAGGAAAAGCGGAAUUUUCGAAAGGAGAUUUGUACGUAGAUGGAUUGGACAGUAGAGUUCGUCCAAGCUUAAGGGUAAAAAUAUAUAAAAAAGCUAAUUUGUUCCAAAAAUCACCAUCCAUCAAUAAAGUUACAAGCUAUUAACGAAAUAAAAGGCUGCCUAAUAGCUCCGAACGACGAAG